AUGUCUUAUGUUAGAAAAUCCGUUGCCUUAUUGCUAGUCACGGCGUUAGCCUUGGCGGACGGCAUGGACAUGGAUAUGGGUGAGAAGGUGGAGUUCCACCCGGUCAAUGCCGGCUCCAAAACGUUCCAUUGGAUUCUCACCUUGUUCUUGCUCUUGAUCCUCCCGUCGAUCUCUUCGGUUUUGGCUUUCGCCGAGGUUUUCCACUUGGCUUCGGUGUUUCACAUCAUUGCUUUUGCAUAUUCGCUUUUUGAGUCGUUGUUUUUGGAGUUUCCCGAUAAUGUGGACAACCAUGAGAACAGAACUUCCAAAGGAACAGGGUGGUUUUUGACCUGGGAGCUUGGUGUUACCGUGUUUCUUGGGACUUUGAUCAAUGGCUCCAACAUCGUGAUGAACAAGUUCUGGCCACAGAAGGCUGAAACCGCCUACCUGACCCCGUCGAGAGUGGCCAUUCGUGCUUACAAGACUUUGGCUUUUACAUCUACAUUGACCGGCUGGGUUCGUGUAUGUAUGGCUCCCGUGGCUCUUUUUGGGUUUUGCUAUGGUAAAGCCACGGGCCAGUGCAUUGCACACGGCAUAAUGGGGUCUUCCUUCAUUCUAUACGGCUUCGUAUUGGCAUGGGUGCUCAUGGUGCCAUGGAUCAGAAACCACCGCAGGCUCAAUGGUGAUCCCAAUGUGAAAAGUCAGGAAUUCUAUGACUCCUCGAUCAUGUGCCUUUGGGGUAUCGUGAACACUUUCACAGAGCACAGGUGGGGAAGAGAGGAGUGGAAUCACGGCGAUUACCAGCACACCUCCAUGGGAAUCAUCUGGUGGUGUGGAGGUCUUCUAGGCAUGUGGCUUUCUCGUAAAGACAACACAAGAUCCGUCGUUCCUGCUUUGCUCUUGAUUUACACCGGCUGGGCCAUGUCUGAACAUUCGCAGCAUUUGGUGAUCUCUACAAAAGUGCACGGUCUCUUUGGUCUUGUGCUUAUGUCGGGCGGCUUGUCGAGAAUUAUAGAGAUUUGCUUUUUGCUCAAAGACAAUGGCGCAAGUGACACAGGGAAGAUCCUUGCGUUCCAGCAUAUUCCUCCCUUCAGUUUGGUGCUCUCGGGAAUUCUCUUCAUGUCAGCCAAUGAGGAGCAGCUCAAUCUCGUCCAUGAUCUCGGGGCCGACCACUCGUCCUACGUUUUGGUGGUAAGCGGCGCUGGAUUUAUGAUCUAUUUGUGGAUGCAGAUGCUUCUAACGUUGUACUUGAGACUCGUUGGUUACGACGAGAACGGUGAGCUCACUAAGUUUGAUGGUUAUGCAAACAUAUCUGCCAACGACGUCGACAACUUUGAACUAGACGACUUGAGCGAUGAGGACAAUCAGCAGGUCACCCCAUGA